GCUCAUGCGUUUUCGGUCGUCUUACUUUGCCGUUGCGCGUAGUAGCACUUUGUCAACGAUUUCUGCCACAACAAAAAGGCUUCGUGCGUAGCUUGGUCGUUUGAAUCGAGAAAGACGACCGCUUGUCUUGCUGUAACGGAUUCUGUCGCCACCAUCGCUUUUCGUUAGAGCAAAUGCCGGCCUCGUAGAGCCAGAUUUGUCGUCGUCGUUUGCUUCGUGCAAAAUGUCGCUGCAAGGACAAAAUUCGAGCGCAGAGCAACUGGGUAUAACAAACAAAGAACUCGUCGGUAAAUUAGGGCAUUGCAAAGCUGAAAAUCUCUCUAUCUCCACUGAAACUACGAUGAUCAAGCAUUUGCUUUAGCGUCGGGCAUUGGAAGAAAAUCGCAUCGCUUUCAUGAUCGGAGAGUGGUUGUAUAGGGCAGAAUCACCUGCACCUGGCCCUGAGUCAAAUUUUAAAUCCCCCCAGAACAAAAUGCAAGGCGCGGCGCAGCGAGUUUCCUCCGUUUUCCUUGCCAGCCUGGUAAUAGUUUUCUUCGCAACAGCAAAAAUUUUCACCACCUGGACUCCCAAUGUUGUCGAAGCGCGGCUGGUGCAGAAGGAAGAGCAGAGGAGUUUUGGCGCUGUUGUUGUGGACACGGACUCCUUUUCGCUCCAGGCGGACAGCAGUGGACUAGUAGCUGCUGAAGCAGGAGGUCGUGCAGGCACGGACCUCGAGCGCGAUCCACCUCCUCGCGGACACUGGAUGCAUCAGCUACUGCAGCACGACGACAAAAGGCUGACCGGCCCCCUGUCGUUGUUGCAGGAGGACCAGAGUAGAACUGAUGUUAUUUCGGGAGGUGGCUCCUCUGUCAUCCGUUUCCGUUCUGGAAAGGAAGAAGCAACGGAUGCGCGCGUAAGUGGUAGAAGCAAGGACGUAAGCAGGACAACUUCACGUCUCCUGCAGCGGGAAGACAAAAAUCAAAGCGGGAUCAUGAAAAAGGAGGAAGUCGCUGGGAGCCAGAAAAUCGAAGAUGGAAGUCGCGGUAGCAACGAAAACACCGAGCUCCAGAGCCACCAAAUACUAGUGACGAGCAGUCAGGGGCAGAUGUUGUCAAGUUUUUCACACCAGGCGAAAAACCUUCCAGACACCUGUCAUGCGAUUAUGGAAAAAGACAAGGACAAGUGCGAGGCCGCUGGUACCGACUACCAGGCGUGCACGGGUCCGGAGCUGAUGGCAGACUGUGAGUGGGGCAACGAGAUGCCGGUAUUGGAUUUGUGAUGCUGACAAUGAAGAGGAAGUAGAUCAAUGCGCAAUAAAUCAAAAAGCUUGGAGCCGCGUCUCGGUUUCGCUCUCUCGGCGUUGCAAAAACCUUACCCAGAAAAUCGUUGGUCGUUUUGGGCUGGCAUGAUAGAUAAAGCAUCAAAGGGAAUGAAUAAAUCUAUCAAUUUGUCACAGGUUUGGGAGCAUUGCAGGAACGCCUUUUCCGUUGCUCUCUCUGGUGGCCUCCACGAAGCGUGUCACAGUCACUGCAAGGAGUUUUUCCAGAAGUGCUACAUCCGCGAGGAGGACGAAGUCGUGCACUUGGAUCACUUUUACACCGCGUGGGUGACCCGGAACGACACGGAUCCGCUCUUGCGCUGUCGCUCGUCCUCGUCGGACUGCGUGCGGGCACGCGAGCAGUGGGGCGACCACUGUCUGCAAAAGGAUCCGGACUUCACCGGGUCGCCCGCCUUGGAGGAGCGUUCCCGCGAUCUGAUUGCGGCCACCGGGGUCUACUGCGGCCCGAGUCCCGAGUCUGAGAAAUCCUCUUUCACGAACAUUGUGGAAGAGGCGCACACCGCGAGCAUGCAGUGUCAGGUGUUUUCGCUGUACGAGGAAAGCAACCAGAUGACGUUGUGCGAACACCACUGCAAGCACGCGCUGACCAGCUGUGCGGGCAUCGCGGAUUCCUAUGACGAGCUUCUCCCCGCCGUGCCCGACCGGUUCUGCAGCCAGGGCACGCAGGCGUGCUUCUGCAAGAUGCGGGCCUGGAAGCACGCGGGCUGCGCCGCGGGGACGAGGAUGCACGACGCCAUGCUGAUGAACGAGCAGGCGCUCCGAAACGGCAAGGACGAGCACGGCCAGGCAUGCGCCGACGUUUUCAACCGGACCGCAUCCUGUGCGGCGAGUGGAGGUAGUAGUAAAACUUCCAGCAGCGCCGCGGUGCAGGUACAACUUCAACUGGAGCCACAGAGGACGGCAGCAGCGCCUGUAUCGGUACUGCUCAAGAACAGUGGAGAUAUAAUUACAGGUGAACAUCAGGAGCAGGGGAUCGUUGGUCACAAAGAUCUCGAAACCGAUUCGGAAAGCAAGCAAAUACACCUCACAGAAGCAGAUACGGAAGCAAGAGCAGAAUCAGCAGCAGAUCAUACGACGACGACGUCUACAAACGCGACCACCUCCACUGCGACGACAACCUUGCUCACCUGCCCGCCGGGCACGUAUUUCAACGCAACCAAGGGGCCCCACGGCGGGUGCGACGUGUACGUUUGCAGUUGCGCGCACGGCACCCCUAUGAACUGCAAAUAUGUCUGGGUCUGGAAGGUUGGAGCUUGUGCUUGUCAUGCUGAGUCUGGAUCAUGCAAAAACUUGUGUUGCUUGAUUACCAAAAGCUGUGUACGGUCAACCAAGUUGGGAGGGAGUUUCUCAUGCAGGAUAGACAUGACAAAGACCUCCCAGAGUUUGUCAUGCUAGGUCCCGCAUUCCAGACCUCAUGGGUCAUGGAAAACCUGCAUAACAAGUGUACACUCUUCCAGACCCAGACACUUUUGCAUUUGAUAACCCCGAACUCGGGGAUCAAGUGCGUCGCGGCCAACACCGAGAUGUGCAUCGAGUGCGACCCUGAGUACGAACUCGUCGACGGGCGGUGCGAAUUCGAGGACUUGUCGUCGUUUGCUGCUGGUGCAAGCGCGAGCAGUAGCAGUUCCAGUUUUAUCGUUUCCUCCUCCCACAACAAGGCUCCCCCUGAAGAGGUCGCCUGCCCCGAGGGGCAGCACUCGCUCGGCGGGGGCGUCUGUGCGCUGAACGUGUGCGUGUGCGAGAACGGUUUCCCCAUGAUGGGCGCCGACUGCGCGGAGGAUGCCCUGCACAUCUGCUACAGCUGCGAACCCGGAUACGAAAAGUCGGCGGAAUUGCGCUGCGAGAAGCAGAUUGGGAAUAAUUCGACAAUUUCGACGGCGUCGGUGCUGCAGCUGUUGAGUCUGGUGAACAGUAGCAGUAAGGACGAUGAUGAUAUCAACGCUGGUACUCCGAGCGGCGUCACGGACUCGUCUGUCACGAAUCAGAAAAUGAUAACCAGGCGGCGUGAAGAUUUGAAAACAGCAACCGAGGCAGCUGUUGAAGCUGAUGCAGAAGGAGCGGACUCUUCUAAGGCGGAGGUGGAUGAGCCUACUACAUCAACUACUACCACCACCACAACCACCACCACAGAGACUUGCCCGCCCGGCUACACGGCGGAGUUGAAUGCCACGAGCGAAGAAAACGUGUGUCAUCAGAACGUGUGCACCUGCGCGCACGGCAUGGGGCAAAUCGGUGCACAGUGCCUCAACAACGGCACCGAGGUGUGUGCGUAUUGCAACGCCGAUUACGAAUUGGACGACGACACGGAAACCUGCGUCCCCAAGGAGCCGGCGGAGCCCAGCGAGGGCAGCAGCAGCGGUGGCACUAGCACUUCAACAUCUACUUCAGCUCUUUCUUCAGCGAGCAUUUCUUCAGCGAGCAGCGCUGCUGCUUCCGUCCUUGGGCAGCAGCUUACUGACGGAAAUCAGGCGAACAAAGCGCAAAAUGUGGAAUCAUCGUCGACCACAGCAGCCAGAGCGUCAAGCACCGACGUCUCUUGUCCGGCUGGGCAACACGCGGAUCCUGGAAGCUCGGCCUGCGUCGCGAACGUCUGUUCGUGCGACUUCGGCACGCCGGCCACCGGUACCGCGUGCGUGGGCGACGGGCUGGAGGUCUGCACGCACUGCGAUACGGGGUACCACUUUCACCAAAAAAAGCACGUAACCACGGUGGCGGUGCACGUGUGCCGGCUCAACGUCUGCACCUGUGAGAAUGGCACGGGGGCCCUGGGCGAGGCCUGCGAUAUCCACCACGAGGAGAUCUGUGCCACCUGCGGAAACGGAUUCCUGAUGACGGACGACCACUACUGCGAAAUCGCCGAUACGAGCGUCAACGCCUCCACUGCGGACGCCGCUCUUGUCCAAACAAGGUUGCGAGAGAAGGAAAAAUGACGCUGGUGGAAGGUAGGUAAUUUGGGACGAAGUAGAAGAAGAUUUCGGUGUGAUCGAGUAAAUUACUGUAAAGUUCAUUAUUCAAAAUUUGCACUGAUGCGAUACUAUUACUAUACGUCCUGUUUUAUAAUUGCACCUUUCGCAAUAAACCUAGUUUCGUGGUAAAACAGACAAAAUAUCGUCUUUUGACCCCUUGUAUGAUUUGACCCAAGUUUGUUGUAGCAGCGUGCUUUGACACGAUCCGUUCAUCCCCGAGAUGAGUGAGAAAAAAUUCGCACGCGGAAAAACACCGUCUGAAUGAAAAUUGGAAUGUAGUUUUGCCUGUUGUCGUCGGCAGUUCAGUGCCGCUGCGGCACUUCGUACAACCUGUAAUCGUUGACUUACGGUCUCUACUAACUUCCUCUUCCUUUUGUU